CAUUCGUGCAUCCGUUUGCCUAUUCCUUCCGCUGGAGGCAUCCACCGUGGUGGCUACUUUUCCAAUUUUCAUCCUCCUCCAAAAAAACCCCAUCGUUCAUUGUGCUGUUGUGCUGGGCAGUCAUUUGUGGUUGGCCUUGGCGACCGUUCAUGUCACAGCCCGACAAGCCAGCCAACCCGGCAGCUCCGCCGGCCUCCACUACUGACCAUCCGCAGGGGCAGCCACCACCGCAACAGCAGCACCCGCAGCAGUAUCAGAAACCACCUGGCUACAUCUUGAGCUGGGCGGAGAUGGCAGAGCAGCAACAUCAGCGAGACGCCGACCUGGAACGCCGCAUCCAACAGCUCACCUCUCGCCCGCCUUCCACCAUGGAGCAGCGGGUUGAACAGCCUCCAGCGAAAAUCUACGAGCGGAGAGCGCAACUGCGCGCUUCCCGUGCGAAUGCCGCUUCACAGCCUGCCACGGAAGACGCCCUCGCCGAUCGCAUCGCCGCGCUUGCAGGCCGCAACAUGGACCACUUGCGAACAAACCCCACGCCAGCCCCACUGUUCAUCCGCCCUGAACAGCGAACGGAAGCACAACAGGCAGACGAGCUCCUUCGGCGAUUUGCAGAAGAUGUGCGGCUGAACGACCUGUCCGCUGACGAAACGCUCGCCCAACGCGUUCGCGCCCUGCAGAUAACCGACGUACCGCAUCGUCCAUCCCCACCCAUCGAUUCUUCCUCGACCAAGCCCCGGCAGUACCGUGACGUUCCAGAUCCCAAGGAAGACGUUCAUGCGAUUUUGGAGCAGGCGAUGGAGGAGGCGCGGCUGGAGCGGCGGCUCAACGCGGCCGGCGCCAACCCGGAUUCGUCGGACGAGAGCGAUUAUUUGCCGGCAGAAUUUCUCCAGUCCUUGCUCCAGCACAAGACUAAAGAUGCCGCGACCACACAAACAAAUCAUCCGCCAUUAGCACAGUCGAGGUCAGGGCACCACGCCGGCGCAAAAGCCGUCACGGCGGAUGCGCGAAUGCUGGACGAGUCAAAACAGCUCUUGCAGCAAAGCCACGAGAUGCUCCGGCAAGUUGGCCUGAAUCCAGCAAUACCGGUGCAACACCAGUCAUUGGGUGGUGGCCCGAAUGCGCCUGCUAAAUCGUCCGAGACCAAACCAAAUCGGCUCAUGAUGCUGUUUGGAGCAAACAAUUCCCAUCUGUCAAAACAGCGUAUCGGAACGACACGGCAGCGGUCCAACUCGUACUCGGACUUUGAUUCCGUCAACUCGUACUCGGACUUUGAUUCCGUCAACUCUCGUGAUGCGAGCGAUGAUGACGAGAAUACGAAUGCAAUGCCUCCUGGCCCAGUCCAUCGCCCUCUGUCCCAACAGCGGAUGGGAACGACACAACAGCGGUCAAACUUGUACUCGGACUCGAGUAAUUCGGACGACGAUGACAAUCACAAGAAUGCAAUGCCUCCUCGCCCGGUGCAGUCCUCUCUGUCAACCCCAUACGCGGCUGCGACAGAUGGGGCGCGACUGCGGUCAAAGUCGUACUCGGACUUUGAUUCUGUCAACUCGAGUGAUGAUGACUGAUUAGUGAUGAUGCUUAUUGAUUUGAAUGACGGGCCAGGAUGCCCUUUCAGAACUCACGAGGGAGGGAGAGCUCUCGAACAAAAUGAAAAUUGAUUGAUUGUGAUUCGGGUUGUUUUUUUCUUUUGUAUUGCCU